CUUUCGUUAUCACCCAAAGGUUCCACCCGGACAGGUUAUCUUGCCGUACAUGCUAAUAGCUUCUAGUGGAACAUAAACAGAAAUCUUGUUCAACAUGGCAGAGACUCACAGCCUGCAGGACAUGAGGCAGCAGGCGUCCGUCGCUGCCAAAGUCUUCAUUCAGAGAGAUUACACCAACGGCACCGUGUGCCACUUCCAAACCAAGUUCCCCUCUGAGCUGGAGUCCCGGAUCGACAAGCAGCAAUUCGAGGAGACGGUGCGCACCCUGAAUAACCUGUACGCCGAAGCGGAGAAGCUGGGAAGCCAGUCGUACAUUGAAGGCUGCCUGGCCUGCCUCACGGCGUACAUCAUCUUCCUGUGUAUGGAGACCCACUACGAGAAGGUUUUGAAGAAGGUUGCAAAGUACAUACAGGAGCAGAACGACAAGAUCUACGCUCCACGAGGCCUCCUGCUCACCGAUCCCAUCGAGAGAGGCCUGCGAGUCAUAGAAGUAACCAUCUUUGAGGAGAGAAGCCUGACCAGAUAAAAGCUGCCACGCUGAUUGGAUGAGGACCCCCUCCCUGAGGUGUCCCCCACCCUCACACACCUCCACCCGUAAUACUGCGUCUCUACAAUCCGGCCCUUUCCACUAACUACCAUGUGCAUGUCUCAUCCUUUGUGACCAAGUUCAGUUAUUCAAUUAUGAUAUUGUUAUUCAGAUAUCGGUGAGUGUUAUUUGGGUGAAGAAAAAUGUAUACUUACACAAUUUAUUGUCAUUCUUGUUUACAUUUGGUCCUUUUUAAUGUGGCCUAAAAGCAACUUGAACUUUUCUAUCUUUCCUUUUGGACACUCCUUUUUGAAUAUUAAGCCAACUGAGAGGGUCAUUUUUUAAUUUUUAUUUUAUUUUAUAAAGGACAAUGGAAUUCAUCGAUGCUUUGUGAUGUUUUUAGCUGAACUGAGGAUAUAAUUUCACCAAGAUAUAAAAGUCAGGUUAUUACUGCAUGUACCUUUUUUAUUGCUUAAAACUCUGCCCUGAAUAUUGUUAGGUAAAUGUUAAUGUAACUUGUGUUGAAUAACCAUAAAUUUAUAUAUUGUGAGAUUGCCUUCAAUCAAAGUAAUCAAAGUGCUCUUUUUAGUUGACAGUGCCAGUAAUUUGAAUGUUGCCUUUGUCAAAGUCUUAAGGGUCGGUCUCCUCCAGAGGUUUUCCAGAGAUUUUAAUUCAUUCCAAUGGAAUUUUCCGCUACUAGCAGAUUUUCUUAUGACUUGCACAGUUCAAUUUUGUUGAAGUAGAAACUGUUCCACAAAUUGGCAAAGAGUAAUGUAAUGUCAUUAAUACCCAAAGUAAUGUUGAAUAAACUGUAGUGUGUAUGGCUGGUCAUUUAGGAAAUCACUAAAUUUACAAGUAUAGAUUUGGCAUAGCUAUACCAACAACAAAUAUCCUGAUUCUAUAUUAAUUUGUAAAUUACAUUUUAUUUAUGUUUUAAUUUAGCUCGUACCUGACAUAUAUAUCUGGACUGCUUAAUUCUUGCUGUUCUUUUUUUCAGCUGAAAUCCCAGAUGUUAUUGAUCUAAAAGUUGUAUGCUAACAAAUAAAAUACAUAUUUAUACAUGA